AUGAAAUGUAUAAUAAUUUUCGUAGUUUUAGCUCAAGUGAGCUUUCUUUUGAAUGGUUGUGAGAGCUUUUAUUAUAGAACUCCAAUAAAAGGCUCGGACAAAUUUCCAAGGCCGGAAAGCCAUGAAAAAGUUAGUCAUCCAUAUCCGAUUCCUUUUGAAGAAUAUUAUCAAAAUAAAGGACUCAAUUUUUUUGCUUUCGGAGAUUGGGGUGAACAAAAACCUGAAUCAGGACAAUUUCAAGUAGCCAAAGCUUUACAAGACUGGGCUAAUGAAAAUACAUCAUUUAUAGUUAAUGUUGGUGAUAAUUUUUAUCAAGAAAACGAAAACCUUCCUUUUAAUGAUAAAACUGAUCACGAAAGUGUAUUGAGUAUAAAUGAUCCAAAGUGGCAUACUUAUUGGUUAAAUGUAUAUAAUGGCACUUUGAAAAAAAUAUAUUGGUAUAUGGUGGCAGGGAAUCAUGAUUGGUACCGCACAAAAGAUCAACUAAUCUCCGCUAAGGACGCAGAUUGGAUUUUUGUCGUUGGUCAUCAUCCUCUUGUUGGUGCAUGCCAAACAAAAAAAGCUUCAGCUUAUAAAAUGCAUAGAUUCCCUCCACUUUUUAACAAAUAUAAUGUAUCCGCUUAUAUUGGUGGUCACGUACAUGACAUUGAAUUUUCUGCAGCCAAUAGAACAACAAACGUUACUUACUUCGGUGUAGGUGGUGGUGGUGCUGCGGGCUCAGAUACUUGUGGUAAUACAACUUGGGCUGCACCUUUUACAUUUGGAUUCUUGCACAUCAAUAUUCCGAAUGAUGGUGAUACUUUAUAUUUUGAUUACAUCGAAGCCAACGAAACAGAUAAACCUUCCCGCAUCUCUUAUUCGGGUAUCGUUCAUUCUCGUAAAUGGCAUGAGAAAUAUUGA